CACGAGCCUACACCAAGGCAGUCUUUCUGACUUGAGUCUCUGCCUGUCACCGUCAUUCACCUGCUCUCUGCCGCUUCUAACGCGUUGAAACCCAGCUCUUCGUCCCUCAAUUGCAUACCCUCAGCAUGGCGGAAGCUACAGCAGCCGACGGGAAGAUGAAGGAUCUUUCCAUUUCCGAGACGCAGAAGAGCAAGAAGGAUGGCAACCCUCAAAAGGCUGCCAAGAAGCCCCAGCAGCAAAAGAAGAAGAUUGAGGGAUCUGCGCUUAUCGGUAUCGAUGUCGCGAAAGAGGUCGACCUUGGAGAGUGGUACCAGCAGGUCAUUACCAAGGGCCAGAUGAUCUCGUACUACGAUGUCGCCGGAUGUUAUAUCCUCGAACCCUCGUCCUAUGCCAUCUGGGAAAACAUCAAGUCCUGGUUCGAUGCGCAAAUCAAGACGCUCAAAGUCCGAAACGCCUACUUCCCCAUCUUUAUCAGUUCAGACAACUUGGAAAGGGAGAAGGAGCACGUCGAGGGUUUUGCUGCUGAGGUCGCCUGGGUCACAAAGGGCGGCAAGUCUGACCUGGAGAAGCCCGUGGCUGUGCGCCCGACAUCCGAGACUGCCAUGUACCCCUACUUUGCUCGCAAGAUUCAGUCUCACCGCGACCUACCUCUGAAGCUCAACCAAUGGAACAACGUCGUUCGGUGGGAGUUCAAGCACCCCAUGCCAUUCAUUCGAUCUCGAGAGUUCCUUUGGCAAGAAGGCCACACUGCGCAUCUGACAAAGGAGGAGGCUGGCGCAGAAGUUCUCCAAAUUCUGGACUGGUACUCCGAUGUCUACCAAAACCUGCUCGCUGUUCCUGUUGUCAAGGGUACCAAGACGGUCAACGAGAAGUUCCCUGGAGCCGACUACACCACCACUAUCGAAGGUUUCAUCCCUGCUACAGGUCGUGGCAUCCAAGCGGCCACUUCUCACUGUCUAGGCCAGCACUUCUCAAAGAUGUUCAACAUCACUGUCGAGGACCCACAUGCCAAGGAGGCUGGAAAGUCAGAGCACGUUCACGUCUGGCAGAACUCGUGGGGUCUGACCACUCGCUCAAUUGGUGUUAUGAUCCUAACUCACGGUGACAACCGAGGUCUGGUCAUUCCUCCUCGAGUGGCUGAGAUCCAAGUCGUCGUUAUCCCUGUCGGCGUCACAGCCAAGAUGGCGCCCGAGGCUAAGGAGGAUCUUUACAACAAGGUCAAGAAGAUUGCAGAUGAUUUGAAAGCCGCAGGCGUUCGUGUUGAAACCGAUUACCGUGAAGGCUACUCUCCCGGAUGGAAGUUUAACGACUGGGAGCUUAAGGGUAUCCCUCUACGAAUCGAGUUCGGCCCUAAGGAUGCUGAGAAGGGUGUUGUCACCACCUCCCGCCGUGACAUCGACGACAAGGACGCUGCACGUGGUACCAUCAACGUUGACAGCCUCACAGAAGAAGUGCCCAAGCUACUUGAGCAAAUCCAAAAGGACAUGUUCGAAAAGGCUGACAAGGUCUUCCGCGAGCGCCGUGUUCAGCUCACCAACUGGGACGAUUUCGUUCCUACUCUCAACGGCAAGAACGUUGUUUUGGUUCCUCACUGUGAGGGUGAGAAGUGCGAGGAUGAGGUUAAGGCCAAGAGCGCCAGGACAGCCUUGGGUGAUGGUGUUGCCGAGGACAAGCAGGCCCCUGCCAUGGGCGCAAAGAGUUUGUGUAUUCCUUUUGACCAGCCUGAAGGGAUUGAGCCUGGCAAGACCAAGUGUAUCAACCCAAGCUGCUCGACUCCGGCCAAGCAGUGGAUCUUGUUCGGACGAAGCUACUAGUGGAGCGCUAUUGGUCGGGGUUUGUGGAGUCAUUUCUUGUUUGAGCAUUUGGUGGCAUGGAGUUUGGUGGCACGGUGUUCGCCGCAUGGGGAAGAGUUUGUCGUUACACUAACCAUUCUCGACUUUAUAAUGCCCGGUACGGCCCUUAGCAUGAAACAAAAAGCUUUGUGCAUUGGUCAAAGACCUCUAUUUACGCGCGCUCCGCCGACCAGGAACAUGUGACCGACACAGCAUCAGCAAA